AUGACGUCUGCUGCGACCGCUUCUAGAAGUCCAAACGACCCGGUCAGCACAUACUUUCUUCAGAAAAUUCAGGAGUUACGUGCGCAGGAAAAACGUUUUCAAGACAACUAUCUUCGUUUAGAGUCCCAGCGGAAUGAACUCAACAGGCGGGUGCGUCACCUCAAGGAGGAAGUGCAAAUGCUGCAGGAAAGUGGCUCCAUCGUUGCGGAUGUUGUACAGGUGCUUGGAAAAAACAAGGUACUUGUGAACGUCAGUUCCAAUCAAGGUAAACUGAUUGUUGAUGUGGAAAAAACUGUCGAAAUCGCGGACCUCACACGCAACACGCGUGUGGCACUACGAAACGCCAGCUUUGCCAUCCACUACAUUCUACCCACCAAAGUUGACCCCCUUGUGUCGCUGAUGAAGGUGGAGAAGGCGGGUAGCGACUCGACAUAUGACGAGAUUGGUGGGCUUUCCCGCCAGGUGAAGGAAAUCAAGGAGGUUAUUGAAUUGCCUGUAAAGCAUCCAGAGCUCUUUGAGGCGUUGGGUAUUGCUCAGCCGAAAGGUGUACUGCUUUACGGUCCACCAGGUACAGGCAAGACACUCCUCGCACGGGCAGUGGCACAUCACACGGACUGCACCUUUAUUCGAGUGAGCGGGGCGGAGCUGGUGCAGAAGUACAUUGGUGAAGGUGCGCGCCUUGUUCGUGAACUUUUUGUAAUGGCGCGUGAACACAGUCCAUCUAUUAUUUUCAUGGAUGAGAUAGAUUCCAUUGGUUCUUCGCGUCUUGAAAACACCGGCCGCGGGGGCGAUAGUGAGGUUCAGCGUACCAUGCUUGAGCUCCUUAACCAGCUUGACGGCUUCGAGUCGACACAAUCCAUUAAAGUGAUCAUGGCUACAAACCGCAUUGACAUUCUGGAUGAGGCAUUGCUGCGUCCCGGGCGUAUUGACCGAAAGAUUGAGUUCCCCGCACCAGAUGAGGCGGCGCGGUUUGAAAUUUUGAAGAUUCACUCGCGAAAGAUGAAUCUGACACGCGGGAUCAAUCUUAAAAGUAUUGCUGAGAAGACAAACCAUUGCUCGGGUGCCGAGAUCAAGGCGGUUUGCACCGAGGCUGGGAUGUUUGCCCUGCGGGAGCGCCGCGUGCAUAUCACGCAAGAGGAUUUUGAGCUCGCUGUGGCGAAGAUCAUGCACAAGGAUCAGGACAAAAAUGUCUCAUUGAAAAAGAUGUGGAAAUGA